ACAAUAUCAAAAGGUCUAGAGGCUGGAACAUCUCGGCUAUUCAAUUGAUUUCGUCCAUAACUCAUGCCAUACGUGGAGUCGUGGCCUUGUACCUGUAAAGUCUCAAGCCUUCAUCGGCCAAUUUGUGGCUAACACACCCCGGUCAAAAAUUUAACCGCGGAAUCGGAAUCAACAUUUCAUCACUCCGAUUGAUAAUUGAUCGGAGAUUCGAGAUCUGAGUCAUUAUUGAUGCCAUAAAGUCUUCCGUCCCGCCCUAUCCAAUGUCAUUAUAACCGAUUCUUUUUAUUUUGCUUCAAGUAUGUCUUCAACUACGAAUGGAAGCGUGCUUCCGGAUCCCACGGCGGAUCUGAAGUGGUCUGAUUUCAGAGGUGCUAUUCAAGACAUCUUCGCCGAAAAUGCUGCCAAGUUCCCGGAGAGACUAUGCGUGGUGGAGACGGCAUCGAACACCUCGACGAGAAGAGAGUUCACGUAUCAGCAGAUUUUCCAAGCUUCCUGCCAAUUAGCCCAUAAGCUCGUGUCAGAUGGCAUUGAACGAGGGGAUGUGGUUAUGAUCUUUGCGUACCGAGGCGUCGACCUCGUUGUUUGCAUCAUGGGAACCCUCAUGGCAGGUGCAACAUUCUCGGUCCUGGACCCUCUAUAUCCUCCUGAUCGGCAACAGAUCUACCUUGAAGUAUCCCGACCAAGAGCUCUGGUUACUAUUGAACGGACCAUAGACGAAGCUGGGCAGUUGUCGGAUCUGGUCCGUACCUAUGUGGACAACGAGCUCGAGCUCAAAACCGAGGUGCCUGCACUGAGGCUUCUAGAUGACGGCACUUUGCUCGGUGGUAAAGUGAACGGGGCAGAUUGCCUGGAACAAUAUACUUCAAGAAAGGCAGAGUACCCGGGGGUCGUUGUCGGUCCCGAUUCGAUCCCUACACUGAGCUUCACCUCAGGAUCAGAAGGGAAGCCAAAGGGGGUCCAAGGCCGACAUUUCUCUCUUGCUUACUACUUCGACUGGAUGUCGGAGCAGUUCAAUCUGACCGAGAAUGAUCGAUUCACGAUGCUCUCAGGCAUCGCACAUGAUCCGAUUCAGCGUGACAUUUUCACCCCCCUGUUUCUCGGUGCUCGUAUCGUGGUCCCAGCGAAAGAGGACAUCGAAUACGAGAAGCUGGCGGCAUGGAUGAAUCGCGAGGAAACCACCGUGACUCAUUUGACGCCAGCUAUGGGACAGAUCCUCAUCGGAGGGUCUAAUGCUCAGCAAUUCCCGUCACUGCAUCAUGCCUUCUUCGUAGGCGAUAUCCUGAUCAAGCGAGACUGUAGAAGGUUGCAAGAGCUGGCUCCUAAUGUCCACAUUGUCAACCUUUUCGGCACGACGGAGACACAACGGGCGGUGAGCUUCUUUGAAAUCCCAAGCCGAAACGCAGAUCCGAAAUAUCUCGACACACUCGGUGACGUCAUCCCUGUUGGGCAAGGCAUGAAAGAUGUCCAACUGCUCAUUGUCGAUCGAGAGAACAAAGACCGCCUCUGCGAUGUUGGUGAGACGGGGGAGAUCUAUGUCCGCGCUGGCGGAUUAGCCGAAGGGUAUCUCGGACUCGAAGAUCUGACCAAGCAAAAGUUCGUUGACAAUUGGUUUGUGGAUCCGAAGAAGUGGGUUGUCGAAGAUGAAGAACGAGUCAAAGCAUUGAGUCAGCCGGAACCCUGGAGACAAUUCUACAAGGGGCCACGAGAUCGAAUGUAUAAAUCAGGAGAUCUGGGAAGGCGACGAGCUGAUGGCAACGUGGAAUGCACGGGGCGAGCGGACAAUCAAAUUAAGAUCCGAGGGUUCCGAAUUGAGCUGGGUGAAAUUGAUGCUCACGUCACAUCUCAUCCGCUUGUGCGCGAAAAUGUCACCCUCCUACGAAGGGAUCCGAACGAAGAGCCGCAACUCGUCAGCUACAUUGUCCCCGACAUGAAACGAUGGGAGGCCUGGGCGAAGGAGCAAGACAAAGGCCGCAGCCUGGAAGUUCAGGCGAGCGAAGAUAGCAUGGUCGACCGGCUCCGGCGCUUCCGACAACUGCGAGACGAUGUUCGAGAUCAUUUGAAGACCAAGCUCCCCGUAUACGCCGUCCCGACAGUCAUCGUCCCUCUCUACCGCAUGCCGCUGAAUCCGAACGGAAAGAUCGACAGGCCCGCCCUCCCGUUCCCCGAGCCCCACGAACUAGCCCAUUCCAUGCCGAGGAGGACAUCCCACACCACGGCCGCCAUGUCGACGACGGAAAGGACUCUUGCGAAGAUCUGGAGCCAGGCGCUGCGCACGCCUGUGAACGUCAUCGGACCGGAGAGUGACUUCGCCGACUUGGGUGGACACAGCAACCUGGGGCAGCAAAUGCUCUGGCGGGUCCGAAAGGAAUGGUCGGUCGACCUUCGUUUACCCGCUAUAUUCCAGUUCCCUACCCUUCGUGGUCUCGCCGGGGAAAUCGACCGAGCUUUGGAUCCAGUUGGUCUGCGACUAGAUACGGCGGAGAGUCCUAGCGGACCGGGCUCGCAAGAUAUCGACUACGCUGCGGAUGCGGAGGAGUUGAAGUCCGGCUUGCCUAAGAAGUUCGAGACCGCGCAAUUGGAUCUCACGAAGCCGCAGACAGUCCUCCUCACCGGUGCAACGGGAUUCCUCGGCGCGUUCCUCCUGGGCGAUCUCCUGCAACGGAAGAAUAUCGAGAAGGUCAUCUGCCACGUCCGAGCCAAGAGCGAACACAUCGGACAGUCCCGAGUGAUCGAGAACUGCCGAGUCUACGGACUCUGGCAAGAAGAUUGGUCCUCCCGAAUCGAAUGCGUCACCGGCGACCUCGCCGCUCCCAACCUCGGCAUCUCUCCCGACAAAUGGACCCAACUCGCCGACCAAGUCGAUAUCAUCAUCCACAACGGCGCCCGCGUCCACUGGGUCAUCGGCUACUCCAACCUCAAGCCCCCCAACGUCCUCAGCACCGUCUCCCUCCUCCAGCUCUGCGCCACCGCCAAACCCAAGCACCUAGGCUUUGUCAGCUCCACCAGCGUCCUCGACACCGACUACUACAUCGGCCUCUCCGACGGCAUCCUCUCCGCGGGCGGCCGCGGCGUCGCCGAGAAAGACGAGCUCCACGGCUCCAAGCGCCGCCUCACUACCGGUUACGGCCAGAGCAAGUGGGCCAGCGAGUGCCUCAUCCGCGAGGCCGGGCGGCGCGGGCUCGCCGGCUGCAUCAUCCGCCCAGGUUACGUCACCGGGCACCCGACGUCCGGGAUGACCAUCACCGACGACUUCUUGGUGCGCUUGCUGAAGGGGUGCGUGCAGGUGGCGUGUCGGCCGCAUAUCGAGAACACGAUCAACCAAGUGCCGGUGACGCACGUCGCGCGGGUGGCGGUCGCCGCAACGAUGAACCCGCCGGUUGCGCCGCUGGGCGUGGCGCAGGUCACGAGCCAUCCGCGGUUGCGGUUCGACGAGUUCGUGGGCGCGUUGGAGACGUAUGGAUAUGUGGUGCCGGAGGUGGCGUACGAGGAGUGGCGGACGGCGGUGCAGGGGUACGUGGAGGGGGCGGAGGCGGCGGAGGAGUUCGCGUUAUUGCCGUUGUUGGAUAUGGUGACGUCGGAUAUGCCUGAGGGGACGAAGGCGCCGGAGUUGGACGAUACGAAUGCGGAACGGGCGCUGAGGGCGGAUGAGAGGUGGACAGGGGAGGAUUGGUCGAAGGGGGGGGCAGUGACGGUGGAGACUGUGGGGGUGUAUCUCGCGUAUUUGGUCGCGAUCGGGUUCAUGCCGGCGCCGAGUGAGAGUGGGAGGGCGUUGCCGAGAAUCGCGUUGACGAAGGAGCAGAAGGAGGGGUUGGCGAGGGCGGGUGGGAGAGGUACGAAACCGCAACCACUCUAAUACUGGUUCAAGACAAAAGUUCGUUCUUUUCUGGAGGCG